AUGUUUCGACGAAACUCUAGUAAGGAGCUCAGCGACCGAAUCCACUAUUUGGCUCAGGAAAAUUACUUUUGUGCAAUCUGCAAUAACGUAAUAUCUAUACCAUACCAAGAGACUGUCGCAGCGCUGCUGAGGUUUAGUCUUUUGUUGGUUGGAUCAAAGGAUAGUCCUACGAGGAGUAUAGCUCGUGAAGGACCGUUGACAUUGAAAGAUCUUGAACAAUAUGUUCACUGUCUUCAAGAGAUUUGGAUUGAGUUUACGCCUCAAAAUAUGGGUGAGGAAGCGGAAGGGUACCCUUGGGAUAGGAUGGAUAGGCUUCACGAGGAAGUUCAGUCUUCUGGUCUGAAAGUGAGUAGGGAUGAAUGGAAGGAGGAAAUAGAGCGGCAGAGAGAAUGGAGGAUACAAAAGGAAAUGAAAAGGAAAAAAAUACGUGGGUAG